AUGUAUGCAACGGUCGGAUCGAGGCCCGACCUAGGAUUUGCAGUAGGCUAUGUUUGUCGCUUCAUGAGUAAACCAGGAAGGGGCCACUGGUCAGCAGUCAAGUGGGUUCUACGAUACUUACAGGGAGCAAUGAACUCAUCUCUAACAUUCAGAAAGCAGUCUACACUAGAAGUUGAAGGCUAUUCAGACUCAGACUAUGCAACAGACAUGGACAGGCGACGCUCAGUUACAGGCUAUGCUUUCAAGUUUGCAGGCAAUACAGUUUCAUGGAAAUCAUGUCUACAAUCAGUUGUUGCACUUUCAACUACAGAAGCCGAAUACAUGGCUAUGAAUGAAGCAGCUAAAGAAGCAAUGUGGCUAAAAGAGAUAUGCGCAGAGCUAGGAUUCAAACAACAAGGGAUCAAACUCUACUGUGAUUCUCAAAGUGCCCUAGCUCUAGCAAGAAAUCCAGUCAAUCACGAGAAGACUAAGCACAUAGCUACCAAGUUCAAUUUCAUUCGAGACCUAGUGGAAGCAGGAGACAUAUUGUUCUAA